AUGUCUAUCAGCAACAUCUCGCCCCCGUACCCCCUCCACCCCUCUGUCCAGGACCUCCUAGACCCCGAAUACGUCGCCUUCUACAACAGCCACGUAAUCGACAAGCAGCAAGUCCAUCUCCAGCCCGUUGAAGCCUCGCGCACAAGCGGUAUUCUGAUCCCCGGUGGCGGACCCCUCGUAGAUGUUGGCAAGACGGUCGAUAUCACCAUCAAGCGACGCUCCACUGAGGGACCGGAGAUACUCCUGCGGGCGUUCACGCCAAGUGGCGAGGCCCCCGCGGGAGGAUGGCCGGUGAUGUUGUAUUUCCAUGGAGGCGGCUGGGUGCUGGGGAAUAUCAACACUGAGAAUGUGGUCUGUACGAAUCUGUGCAGUUGGGGAGGUCUCGCACCAGAAAGCCCUUGGCCAGCUGCGGUGCAUGAUUGCUGGGAGGCUCUUCUGUGGCUGAUAUCCGAAGGACGAGUAGCCCUUAACAUCGACAUAAGGAAGAUAGCAACGGGAGGUUCAUCAGCAGGCGGAAAUCUAGCAGCUAUAAUCACCCACAAGGCGUUGACAUUGUCACCUCCUGUCAAAUUCCUUGCGCAGCUGCUCUCCGUGCCAGUCAUGGAUAAUACGGCAACAGUAUCAAGCAAUGACUCUUACCGACGAUAUGAGUUCACGCCAGCUCUGCCAGCGGCAAAGAUGCUAUGGUACCGCAAUCACUACCUUCCCGGCGAAAAAGACCGGUCACAUCCCGAGGCAAGCCCAUUGUUCUAUACCGGAGAUUGGUCCGCGCUGCCGCGGGCGCUGGUCAUGGUGGGUGAGCUGGAUGUGUUGCGAAGCGAGGGAGAGCAGUAUGCGGAGAACUUGAAGCAGGCCGGCGUGGAGGUGGAUUUGCAGGUUAUGAAGGGAAUGCCGCAUCCGUUUCUGGCCAUGGAUGGUGUGCUGAAGGAGGGAAGAAGGUCGAUAACGCUGAUGUGUGACCUGUUGAAGGAGGUGUUUUCCAACUAA